AUGGGAAAUGCGCUUGUACGCCAGAUCUGUGAGGUAGCUGGGAUUCCACUUGUAACCAACACACCUCGUCAGGAUCUAAAAUGCGGCGCAACUCUAGGACCGAAAUUAGCAGCACAACUGGGCCUGCGCGUCGCAGAUAUUGGUGUCUCUCAGCUAGCGAUGCACUCUUGCCGAGAAAUGAUGGCGACCAAAGAUGUUUUGCACUUGUCUACAUUUUUUCUAUUUUUCUUCAACAAUUUCGCACAUUUAUUGAGCAAACACACUGGCAACUAA